AUGUUUUUAUUCUCCGCAUUGCUACUGCUGUUUUUGUGUAACCGCGCAGGUGUUGUUGUUGAUCCUAGUAAUAUACUCUAUCACGAAACAUUUGGUUAUAGAUCGUUGUCAAAUAAUGGUAACGUUAGUGAUAAACGUGUUGAUAGUGAUUCGAUAUUCUUGCUAGCAUCAAUCACAAAAACAUUUCUUGCUGUAUCAGCUAUGCAGCUAGUCGAAAGAAACUUACUAGAACUUGACGAGGAAAUCAACACAUAUUUAGUCAGAUCUUCUCUACCAUCGAUCAAGAACCCUUUGUUGGUAGCAUCUGUUGAAAAUAAAAUAACAAUGAGACAUCUUUUGACUCACACGUCUGGGGUCAGCCCAAAGACAGACAGCCGAUUUUAUUUACCAUACGAUAAUUACACUAUUAAUACAACAUUAAGAGAAUUUUGUUUUGAUUAUUUACUGCCAUCUGGAAAAUUAUAUUCGUCAGAAAAUUGGUUAAAUGUCUCGGUUGGUAUGCACUACAAUUAUUCCAAUAUUGGCGCAGCCUUAGCGGGAAUGGUUAUUGAGUUGAUAUCUAAUACUUCCUACAGUAAAUAUGUGGAAGAGAAUAUUUUAAAACCCUUAAAUAUGUCUGAUGCAAGCUGGACAUUAGCUGGACUACCAAGUACAAACGACUUAGUUGAGCAUUAUGCAUUUAAUACAACUCUAGCAGACUGGUUAGAAUUUGCACCCAACCUAGAGUUUCGACAGAUAAAUGAAUCGUGGAUUCAUAUUGGGUUCUUUGGAAUUAUUCCCUAUCCAGCUGGUCUACUGCGGAUGUCAGCUCUUUCAUUAUCAAAAUAUUUGCGUAUGUUUAUUAAUAAUGGAACAUAUAUCCUAAAAUCCACCUCCAUUGAACAAAUUCGAACUGUACAAUAUCCAAACGUUUCAUCGACAUCUGGACUUAUUUGGACAUAUUUUAAUUUCCCGAACAGACCUUCAUAUCUUGGUCAUGUCGGAAUUAUGCCCGGUGUGACAACUGUAAUGGUAAUGAACCCAGAGACAAAUAUUGGUGUGAUAGUUUUAACAAAUGCUGAUACAUUAAAUACAGAACAAGGCACGGCUGUAAACAGACAAAUGAUAAACAUUGUACUUUAUUUAUUUGAUUGUUUUGAACAAAAGAUGAUGUCAGCUGUGAAAUCAAACUUUAGCAACAGAAACUCUGCUUUGAUCUCGAUUUUCGUUCUUUUUUCUCAAAUAUAUUACUCUUUUAUUAAAUGAUGUUGACUGUCGUUCUUUAUUAGCAAGUGAAUGCUCCUCAGUACAACAGUGCAAUAUAUCCUGAUAAAUCAGCAGCUGACCAGUUCAGAUGUAGCUUGUCAGUGGAACAACCACUAUCAAUCUGAUUCAUCAAACAUGUCAUGCACUAAUAUUAAUUAUGUAAGGUGCCGCUAAUGCAAAAAUCAAGUGCAAAAGCUUUUGAGUUUUCAAACACAUAUUCUGAUUCGUGAAUCUGAUCUUAUUUUUUCGAUUUGACCGAGUUUUCAUGCAGAAAACCUCAAAAUACGUGAGGGAGUCAAAAAUCUCGAAAAACCGAUUUUUCAGAAAUUCCCGAUUAUCUCCUGAUCUUUUCAUGUCCGAUCUCACCGGUGCGAUUUUUGGAUUCUGCAUUGUGAAGCACAUCUACGCACUUGUCAUUCGAUGAUUUUUCUUCCAGUUUUAAACUCUUGUAGCUGAUCAAACACUACUUUUGUGGACCAAGGCAAGGCGAAUCUUCUGGCAUAUGAAAGAAGUCUCUAGUUCUCAUGGCAAAAAACUAGAUAGCAUUGCGCAGUGAUAACCUCAAGGUUCGCGUGAUCAGUGUUUGAUCAGCUACAAGAGUUUAAGACUUGAAGAAAAGUCAUCGAAUGACAAGUGCGUAGAUGUGCUUCACAAUGCUGAAUCCAAAAAUCGCAUCGGUGAGAUCGAACAUGAGACAAUCGGGAUUUUGCACUUGAUUUUUGCAUUAGCCGCACCUUAAAUCUUUUUCUGAAGAUAUAAGUGAGAUGUUCGAUAAAAGCAGAUUUUUAAAAUUUUGUCUAGAACAUUUUAAGGGUACCCUUCUCCCUCUGUUUUUACCCUCUUGGAAAAUAGGGAAGCCUAUGUCGGGUCAGGUUCUAAUUUAUACCAAAGAUAGAACAUCGAAAAGGAAAAUCGAUGUAUUUUUGCGCAGAAUUUUCUGACGUGUAGGUUUUCUGGAAAACUUCAGUUUUCAUUGGCAAACAUUAAGACCCCUCGAACAAAUGGUGCGAUCGAGCUCAAAAUUUUACCGCAGAUACUUCAGAGCAUAUCUCAAGUUCGUUUUUUAUCUUUUCGAAAAAUAUUCUUCCCUUCUCGAGAUAUCCGAAAAAUACUGGAAAUCCCAUAUAAAAAAACGGUUUUUCAUUUUGUAAACCUUCUCACGCCAAU